UUCUAGAAUAUUGACGAAUAUUCAAUUAUAAUAGCUUAUAUAUGUCUGGUUUAUUUGGUAACUCCAGUGGUAGUGGUGGUACCGCAACACAGUCACUGCUCUUUGGCGGUGUGGGUUCUGCAGGAGCCAAUAAUGCAUCUAAUAGUCAUGGCACCGGUAGCACUAGUGCACCUCAACAUAAUGCCAAUGGGCCAAUUUGGUUUGAACAUACUAAGAAAAGAACCAUUACUAAUCAUCUAGUGCCGAAAAGAAAGUCUGCUUUCCAAAGUACAUCAGCAUCGUCAACCAAUGGUGAUUCUAAAAAUGAUAAAUCCAACAGAGGUGAAUCUAAAAACAGUGUUAAAAGUUUAUUAGAUACUGAUGCUUCUAAUGAAUAUAAUUUGGUAUCGUUUGGAUCCAAACAACGUAAAUCAAUAACCACCGGCUCCGGAAUAUCGGAUUUUGAUAUCAGUAGUGGAGAUUUACUGAAAUAUCAUGAUACAGUCAAUGAAACUAUUAAUGAAGAGUUCCCCUUGUAUAAUAAUAAUGAAGACUUACCACCGUCUAGAUCAAUAUUUGAUUUGAAUGAUGAGGUAUUGAUUUCACUCAAUAGACCUUCUAGUCAGCAUCCGGACUCCUUUAUCAAUAAAGAUCCAAAGAAUUAUAAUAACGUUUUCACUAAUAAGGGCUCCACUGAUUUGGUGGCCAUUGAAAAUAACGAUGCUAAACAAGCAGGGGCCACCUCUGCCACCGCUAAUGGUAAAGCAUCUUCAUCGUCUAGUAACCCAUUGAAUCAUGGAGAAACAGCCAUUUUAGUAUUUGGAUACCCUGAAGCAAUGGCAAAUCAAGUAAUUUUACAUUUUCUGGAAUUGGGUAAUGUUUUAGAAGAUUUUGAAAUUAAUAAGAGUGCGUCUAAGGGUGCCGGUAACAGUUUGAUUAACCAAACUUUAGAUAAUAAUAAAUUAAUUGCUCCUAUAUUUAGUGGAGAAUCUUGGGUUAAGAUUACAUAUGAUAAUCCAUCUUCAGCUAUUGAUGCAUUACAAGAAAAUGGUACAGUAUUCAACGGACAUUUAUUAGGAGUUAUUCCAUAUACAAGAAAUGCAAUUGAAAAAUUACAAAAAAGAAAAUUAACCGAAAAUGAGGAUAUUGGUGGGGAUUUUGAGUUACGUAGACUGUUAGAUAAAUCAAAAAAACUUGACACCAUUGGUAAUCCAGGAGAAUCCAGUGAUAUCCAAGGUGCUUAUGUUAAAAGACUAGAUAUUAAAGACGGAUCAGGAUUGUUUUUGAAAGCUAAUGACCCAACUAAACCUGAAGUUGAUAAGAAAAAUGAUGAAAAAUUAGGGAUUUGGGGCAAAACCCUCAAAUUUUUCUUUGGAUUCAAUGAAUUAUAAGGGAAUCGUGUACAUUAAAUAUAUAUUAAGUUAGAGGUAAUCACUGUAGUUAUCUAUAUUGACGCCUUGAAAGAUCCGAUUGAGGAUAUCUUGGAGGACUCAUUGUUCUUCUAGAAGGACUUAAACUUCUCACUGAGGAUGGAUUUGAGCCAUAUUCAUACUUGACAGGAUUUGGACUUCUAUAUAGGUCAUGCAUUGAUUUCUGGGGACUUGGAGAUCUUGAAGAUAAUCCAUGACUAGGCAGAAUAAACCUUGAGCUCGAUAAUGAAGGAAGAAUUUUGUUGGGGUUUAAAUCAGGUUUAUGAUUAUCAGAUAGUCUGCUACCAUGAAUCGUACUUGAAAAUUUGGGAACAUAAGGAGUUGAUCGACUUAUCCAAUUAGGUUGGGAUUCAUCAUCUUCACUAUCACUAUAAUGAGAUCUUUUUUGUAAAUCAUAUAAUUCUGAAAGAG